AUGCCCCUGCAGGUGCCGAAGGAGAUCUGGCUCUUGGUGGACCACUUGUUCAAGCACGCCUGCCACCAGGAGGACCUGUUCCAGACUCCAGGCAUGCAGGAGGAGCUGGAGCAAAUCAUCGACUGCCUGGACACCAGCAUCCCUGAGACAAUCCCGGGCAGUAACCACUCCGUGGCUGAAGCGCUCCUCAUCUUCCUGGAGGCUCUGCCAGAGCCAGUGAUCUGCUAUGAGCUGUACCAGCGGUGCCUCGACUGGUCACACAGCAGCCGGCUGUGCCGACAGGUGAUUCUUCAGCUGCCUCGUUGCCAUCGCAGCGUGUUUCGGUACCUAAUCCUCCUCCUGCGCCCUCCACCCAACCUGAUGGCAAAGCAGACCCCGCAGGACCGCCAGCGUGCCAUCAACUUCCUCUACAGCUUCCUGCUCGCUGGGGACGAGGAGUGA